AAGAAAAUCAAAAAUGGCUGACAAAGAACGAGUUCCAAAUACUCUCCCGCUUUCUCGUGUAAAAACAAUUAUGAAAAGUUCUCCAGACGUGUCAAGUAUCAGCCAAGAAGCUCUUCAUACUACAGGCAAAGCAACUGAGUUAUUUAUACAAGCAUUAGCUAAAGUUUCUCUAGAAAAAAGUAAAAGUGAUCAGACUGAAUUGUCUUAUAACGAUUUGGCAGAAAUUGUCAACUCAGAGGAAACUUUACAGUUUUUACAAGACAUAAUUCCAAGAAAAAUUAAAAUGUCAGAGUAUUAUGAUUUGAUAAAAGAAGAAGAGGAAGAAGAUGAAGAAAAAGAAGAGGAUGGAUCCUGAUAAAUGAUGUGUUAGAUUUUAUUUCUUUCAAGAAUUUACUAUAGAUAAUACACAAUGGGGAUCAUACCAUUACUGGUUAUUUGCUUCUAUUAAUGGUUAGUUUGUUAGUAGUGGUGAUUUCCAUAUAUGUCACUACCUGAUUAGUAAAUACCAUUUGAUACACUGCUGUCAACUUGUUGUAGAAAAAGAGAUUCUUUACUCUAACCGGCCUAUUAACAAACAUGGAAGAAAUGUAAAGGGAAACAACUCAUGUAUCAAUUGUUUCAAUGGCAUGUAGAAACACUCCGGACACAAUUUGAACAAAACAAUUACGUAUACGGUACUGUUCAUUAUUUACACAGUUUCAAGUCAAGUACAUGUAAUACAAUUACUGUUUAUAUUACUGACAAAAUUUCAAGCCAAGUAAUACAAUUACUGUUUAUUACAGACACAAUUUAAAGUAAUAUAUUUACAGUACUGUUUAUUACUGACACAAUUGCAAGUAAUACAAUUACUGUUUAUUACUGUGAAACUUUUGACUAGGUUUCUCAAUCUCAAGGAAAUUAUGUCAUUAUUAAACAGUGACUGUACAUGUGUGUAACAUUUACCCUGUGUAUAUUAAAUCAUAUUUCAUAAAGUGACUCUUUCAAAAAUCAGUUGAUUCUUUGAGUUUAUACUAGGGUGAUAAAAGUUGUGUUUGUAUAUAAUUCAUGUGUAAAUAUUCAUAAUUCAAAUUAAGAUAGAAUAAAUCAUCCCAAAUCAAACAACUUGGUCAUUCAUUGUCAAAUCAACUACAGGUAGAACCUUGCCAGGGAACAGAUUUUUAUCAAAUUAUAAAUCAUUCUAAAAAAUGUGUCCAUGAACUUUGAUCUCCGUGGAUAUCCCCCACCCUCACCUCCCCACCGGUGUUCAAUAGAACCCAUCUUACUCUUCAGCGUAGAAAUUCAUAAAAAUAUUCUCUUUACACAGGCCUUUGACACAAUAUUAUAUUUGCCGAUUAUCAAUUUGCAAAAUAAAAAUUUACUAAAAUU